CUCCCCUCCCUUCCCCUCCCCUCCCCUCCCCACCCCUUUUUCUAUAUCAAUCGCAAUACAGACCCAAAAAAACCCAGGUCUACAUACAUAUACAGGUAUCUAUAUAUGUAUGUACAUACCGCAUAUUUUACAUAUAUAUAUAUGAUAUUAUAUGUAUCUAUUAUAUAAUAUAAGAUGAAGAGAGAAAGAUGAUUAGGUAUAGGACCCUCUAGAGAUUUUGCCCCAAAGGCCUGGCUUUGAUUUGCAGGGAGAAUCCAUACGGAGAACUGAAAAAACUGCAUUUCGGAGGAGGAGAGCGACAGCCACCCAAAUCAGUGAUAUAUACAUAUACAUAAUAUAUAGAGAGAUAGAAAGGGGGGGAGAGAGGAGUUUGUUUUGUUUUCAUAAUUCCAAUCAAGUCCUUCCCCUGUCUUCCUGUCCAAUCCGUUGCUCCCAGAGGUUUUGGUUAUUGCUUUAACCAUGCCCAGUGGUUGAAUAUCAAUCUGGCAAGGGAGGUAAGGAGGCUUCGGGGCAAUUGGGAGUCGUAAUUGGUAGUUUCUUCGCCGAGACAUGUUGGAAGACCGUUCCUGUGUGGUUUCGAGGGGUUAUCCAAGAGCUUGUGAGCCUGAUAACAGCUGGGGUUGCAUGACUUGCCGAGUAGACAAUGGCAAGCGGCCAUUGGAAAUUGAGGAAGAAGAAGAGGAAGACGUAGGUCCAAGGAAGUUGCCCAAGCGAUCGGAGGCUCGCCCAAUUGUCAACCCAACCCUAGGGUUAUGCGAAACUUCAAAGGCGAUGGAAGGAGAAUCCCUCGACCUAACCCUAGGGUUACGUGGAACUUCAGGGCCCCCGGAAGCCCAAUCCGGUAAUAAGCAGCAAGCUGGGGAUGAUUCCGGAGGUGAUCCGGAUUCUAGUACUCUUAUCCCCGGCCUUAAAAGAGACAGCGCAUUAGAGUGUCUCAUCCGGUGUUCAAGGUCUAAAUAUGGUUCGAUUGCAGUGCUAAGCAAGAGCCUACACUCGGUGUUUCGGAGCGGUGAGGUAUACAAAAUGAGGCGGCUGAAUGGUUUGAUUGAACACUGGGUUUAUAUUUCGUGCAACCUCCGUGAGUGGGAAGCUUUUGAUCCCAAUCUCCGGCGUUGGAUGCGGUUGCCAAUGAUGGAUCCUAACGACUGUUUUGCCUUCUCAGACAAGGAGUCGUUGGCAGUUGGGACAGAGCUGCUUGUGUUCGGGAAGGAGUUUAUGGACAAUGUAAUCUACAAAUACAGUCUGUUGUCAAACAAGUGGUCCACUGGAAUGAGGAUGCAUACCCCUAGAUGUUUGUUUGCAUCCGCCAGCCUUGGGCAUAUUGCUGUUAUAGCUGGCGGUUGCGAUUCUCAUGGUCAAGUCUUUAGCUCUGCCGAGCUUUAUAAUUCUGAGACUGGCGAAUGGGAGACACUCCCCAGCAUGCACAGGCCGCGCAAGCUCUGUUCUGGAUUCUUCAUGGACGAAAAAUUUUACGUGAUUGGGGGUGUUGGAGGAAGUAAUUCAAAGCCUCUUAAAUGUGCUGAAGAAUUUGAUUUUGCAACAAGAACUUGGCGAGAGAUUGAUGACUUAUCUCCUGCAAGAGGUGAUGCAGCUGCGGAAAAUGAGGUGCGUGUUACAUCUGAGGCUCCUCCGCUAGUUGCCGUUGUAGAUAAUGAGCUGUAUGCUGCGGAUCAUGCAAACAUGGAAGUGAGGAAAUAUGAUAAGGCGACGAGGGAGUGGCUAACUGUGGGGAGGUUGCCAGAACAUGCGGACUCCAUGAAUGGUUGGGGCUUGGCUUUCAGGGCAUGCGGACAGCGGCUAAUCUGUAUAGGUGGACCUAGAGCUUACGGUGAAGGAUUUAUAGAGGUUAAUUCGUGGAUUCCAAGUGAAGGACCCCCACGGUGGAACUUACUUGGCCGGAAGCAAUCUGCCAGUUUUGUCUAUAAUUGUGCUGUGAUGGGUUGCUGAAGCUCUGGGUGGAUAUUUGGAGCAGUUCUGCAUGCAAUGUUGCCUUCUGCCGAAUGGGAUCAACAAGAUGGCCUUUGCUAUAAUCAUAGGCUCAUUGCUAAUGGGUAACUUAUCCCAACUUUUUCUUUUCUUUUCUUUCUUCUUCUUCUUCUUCUUUUUUUUUUUUUUUUGAGUUGGGGAGGAUGGAAAGGAAAAUCAGAUAUUACUCAAGAUUUUGCGAAAUGUUUUAUUUGACAGUCUUGAGUAAUAUUUUCAUAAGUUUUAUUUUGUUUUUUUCUUCCGUUGUAUUUCGUCUUCAUGACAUGAGAAUUUCAACAGUAAUAGGUUUAAUAACUUGAAAGUUUAUAACAUUGAUAGGUUCUCUUUGGGUU